AUGGCUGGCAGGCAAAGCAGAGGUCGUCAAAGAAUCCCGAUAAGAUAUAUUGAAAAUAUGAACGAUUUGUAUCCCACAUUUUCAAAACGUCGCUUAGGCCUUUUCAAAAAGGCCAGUGAGCUCAGCACCCUGUGCGGUAUCGAUAUUGGGAUAAUUAUUUUCUCCCCUACGAACAUUCCACAUUCAUUUUUCCAUCCAAACAUGGAGUCGGUAGUUAGAAGACACCGUAACCAACAUUGUAGCGAUUAUGCCCGAAUUGUCGAGAUUUUUCCCCGGGCCCGAAUCAAGCAACUCAACGAGCAACUCGAUGAUGUCCUAACAACGAAAGAAGAGUUUAAAGAAAGAGAGAAAUACCUCGAUGGUACUCGGAAAAAGGGUUGGUGGGAACGAACCACUUUUGAAAACCUUAAUAAGGACGAGGUUUAUGAAUGGAUCGCUUGUUUCGAGAAUCUCCGUGCCCAAAUCGCCAACCAAAAUAAGGAAAUCAAGAACAAUGGUAGCGCGGGCAUUGCUAUGUCCGAAAAACAACAAGAGGAAUGUAUUUUUUGCACCGAUUUUCCGGACAUGACCACUGAUGACCCCGUUGCUACUAAUCCUGAUUUGCCCGAUAAUAUUAGCGAAUCGGAAAAACUCGUGUCCUCGAACUUUCAAUUACUUCCGGGACCUUCUUCUUCUUCUGAUAUGCUGGUUCAGGAUCAGUUUGAACAAAUUCCCGAUGAUAUUUUCAACUUUUCAAGACCUAAUUUUGAAGAAGAUCCAUUUCCGGGAAGUGAAAAUUUGGAUUUCAAUUUUAGUCCAUCUAAUUAUCUUCCAAAUACUUCUCAAGCUCAAGAUUGGCCAAGUGAAGAUGGCCAUGAUGAUGGUAAGUCUUCUUCUCAUAAACCAGACAAUGGUUCUAAAAGCGGCGGCGACGGCGACGGCAACGGAACCAAUUCUUAA